AUGACAGAAUCGGAAUCAACGGCGACCAUGCCCGCGCCAGCGCCCGACGCGAAAGAACCCGCCGCCCCCAUCGUCACCUUCAAAAAGCGGCGCGGAAAAGCCGACUCCAACCUCCGCAAGCGCCGCCCCGCGACGCCUCCUCCCGCCAGCGACAGCGACAGCGAGUCCUCGUCAUCCGAAGACGAGACCGGCCAAAGAAUAAAGAGGAGGAAGAAGAGCGCGGGCGUGACGGCCACUUCUUUAAAAGCGGAGAAUGGGAUCACUGAUCGGGACCUGUUCGCCAGCGUUGCCGCGGAUCGGAAUAAGUCGCUGUCGGCAUCGAACGACGCCACGAAGGAGAACCUCUUGGAGGUCGAUACCGAUGUGAGGAAGGGGAGGAAGAUCGGCGCCGGAGAGGCCGGGACAUCGGAUGGGACAUAUAGGGGGUUGGCGAACCAGACCAAAUUCUUCCAGACGAACCCGAAUGCGCCGUCGCGGACGGUGGGGCCGGUCAAGGCGCCGACGAAUGUGCGGACAGUGACGGUGAUUGAUUAUGCUGCGGACACGUGUAAAGAUUACAAGCAGACGGGAUUCUGUGGCUUCGGCGACAACUGUAAAUUCCUACAUUCUCGCGAAGACUACAAACAAGGCUGGCAACUAGACAAAGAAUGGGAAACCGUGACCAAGGGCAAACAAGUCGGCGGCACCGUCGUCGCCAGCGCCGACCGGACCAAGACGGGCGAAGAAGAGGAAGAAGACGACGACGAUGGCGAGGAUAUCCCCUUCGCGUGCUUCAUCUGCAAGGAGCCGUACAAAUCGCCCGUCGUCACGAGAUGCGGACACUACUUUUGCGAGUCUUGCGCGCUGAAACGGUAUCGGACGAAUCCGAGCUGCGCGGCUUGCGGGGCUGGCACGGGAGGGGUGUUUAACGUGGCGAGAAAGCUGAAGAAGGCGGGGACAUAA